AUGUAUUAUCUUCUCGGUAAACUGACGGGGAAGGCGCUUAGCGCAUGCUCAGGAAUAACACCCUGCGCCGAGAAUUAUUCUUUGUUGUUGCAAACUCUCAUAGACAAAUAUGACGAUAAACGAAUGAUAGCUGCUACUUAUUUAGAUCAGUUGUUAGAAUUUAAAUCGAUAAGUGCCUCUGCCGAUAAUUUUGAUUUAUUUAUAGAAAAGUUUGUGGCGGCCUAUAGGGGCCUUAAAAAUCUUAAGCUACCUGAUUUGACAGAUUUUAUUGUAUUACAUAUCGCGCUUAAGAAAAUAGAUUCAGAUUCUAUACGUACUUUCGAACGGCUAGGUGAUUCGUCUUCGAUACCUACCUUCGAAGAUUUAGUUAAUUUUAUUAAAAAUCAAUCUAAAAUAAUGCAGCGCUUGUCUCCAGCGUCUCCGAGCAGUGAUACAAAGAAGAUUGUCGAUCGUGGAAGCACAGCUAAUAAGAAAAAUGCUUCUUCUCAAAAACUAGCCUUUGUAACCACGGUUGACAAUAAUAAACCCGCUGUUAAAUGUUUAUGUGAUAAUAUAACUCAUCAACAUUUAUUCAAAUGCCCGCGAUUUGUGCAAGCUUCUCCAGAAGAACGCUUCCAAUUAGUUAAACAAUGUAACGCGUGCGUAAAUUGUCUUUCCAAUAAGCACAAUCAGGUUUCGCGCUGCAAUUCAAAUACGAAUUGUAAAAAGUGUAACUUGAGGCACUCGACCUGGCUCCACAUUACUGCGUCAGAUUCGAACCCCACUACCUCCAGUGGCAUGCCCGACACUGUAACCACUGAGCCGCUAGGCACCGCGCCCGCCGCGUCGAGCGAUGCGCAGGCGCCGCUGCCGGCCGUCAUACAGCCCGUGCGCUCGGCCGCGGUCGUUAGAACCGGUCCAACGGUAACUUUGAACGAGAGCGUCGUAUUAUGUACGAGAUCCAUUGCCGCGUCGCAAACAUCGUGUAAUGAAAGUUCCUCUGAACCUCGCGAGCAAUGUAAUAUGCCUACUUCGGUUUUGCUCGCGACGGCUCAAGUGAUAGUCUACGAUAGUAAGGGAAACACUCAUCUAUUGCGUUGUUUGUUAGAUACCGCGGCUGAAGCUAACUUUAUUUCAGCUGAUUGUUGUACGCGCUUGAAUAUUCGCCAAAACGAUACCCUACACACAAUUGUUAAGGGUUUCGGUGGCUCAGAAAAACCUAUAAGUAAGUCGGUGUCCGUGCAAUUACAUUCUAAGUAUAAUACGAACAUUAAAUUCGAUAUUUCAGCACUGGUCGUAGAUCAUAUAACAGAAAACUUGCCUUCGUCGCUUAUCGAUAAAGACGCGCUCGCGCAUUUAAGUAACUUACACCUCGCCGACAAUGCGUUCGCGAGUCCAAGCCCUAUUGACAUGUUAAUAGGGUCUUCACUGUUUCCGCAUUUAUUGCUUCCAGGUGUCGUACUCGGAAAGCCUUCCGAGCCCUCGGCUAUACAUACCGUAUUCGGCUAUGUUCUCAUGGGCUCGGCGCCUGCACUAAAGCCUACUAGUAUUCAGUCAACUACGACUGCCUGCCUUGCCUUAGUGCGUAGUUCGUCGACUUCCGCUACGGGCAAUCUAAAUAAUCUUCAGGAGCUUACCUGCGCGUCCGUUCAAGGUUCCGUUGGCCAUGAAUGCGAAAGAUUAUCUAGCACUAUCACUGCACGAGUUUCCGUCGGUGAUAGUCAUUCAAUUGCAAUACCUUUCCGCAAAAAUAUAUUUACGAUUGGUAAUUCUUCUAAACCUACUUACGAACACCUGUUGUGUUUACAGCGUAAACCUAAAGCCUACUCCCAGCUGAGGCUGGCUUAUAAUGAGGUUUAUCGCGAAUACUUACGGAAUAAUUACAUUCCUCUGUCACCUCGCGUUGAGUCUGAUCGUUCGCGUAUACCUACUUAUUUGUCCACGCAUCAUGACGUCAUUCGCGAGGACAAAUCUAGCGCGACCAAGUUACAGGUCGUCGCUGAUGAUGCCGGUACGCUUAGUAGUUCAGCCAACCGUUUCGUGUCGCUCCAUGAGCCUCCGCGAGCAUUGCUCGCACCAUCCCAGCUGCCAAUUGAGGAACUGGAUGGUAUCUCUGUUUCUGAAAUACCAGAACAGAAACUUCUGUCGGAUAAGCUAGCGUCUAAGCAUAAAAUAUAUUUACGCGCCGAACUAGAAAUUACUUUGUCUGCUCUCAGACCUAGCAGCUGA